ACGCCAAUUGUAUAUACCAUCGUUUCGUCGCAAAUUUAAUUGUAACAAUUUUUUUACCUAUAUCGAAACGAACAAAAUCGAAAAAUAAAAAAUCUAGUCUGUGUAAAAAUUAUUUGACAGAUACAAAACGACAAUUUCAAGCAAAGUCAGUGUUUAUUGAUUGCAUUUAUUGGAAUAGCAAUAAACCAUGAGUUUAGACGAUUAUAAAUUGAAUGCUGAAUUACUGGGGCAUUCAGGUGAUGUUCGAGCAUUGGCAACAGCCGAUAGCUAUAUUGUUUCCGGCUCGCGUGAUGCAACCGCCAAAGUCUGGCAAUACAAUGGAACAUCAUAUGAUGAACAAUCAACGUUGACAAACCAUAAACAUUAUGUAACCAGCAUUUGUAUUUUGGAAGACGACAAUUGGAUUUGUACAGGUAGCCAUGACUCGACAAUUUGUGUAUAUGCCGCCGGUACAUUGGUACCAUUCACCGUACUAAAAAAUCACAAAGAGAACGUAAGUGCAAUGGCACCGGGGAAUGAAAAAAGAACAUUCAUAAGCGGUAGUUGGGAUAAAACGGCAAUCGUAUGGAAAAUUGGCGCCAAUGGUGAGUCUGAAGCACCGCUUAAAUUAGAAGGUCAUGAAGCGACCGUAUGGUCAGUUUGCGUUCUAAAAUCUGGAAAAUUUGUAACGGGGUCAGCCGAUCGAACGAUCGUCUAUUGGAAUAGUCGAGGUGAAAAGCUUAAAGUAUUAAAAGGCCAUACGGAUUGUGUUCGUGGUCUGUUGGCUUUGCCAGACGAUUCAAUAAUUAGCGCUUCAAAUGAUGCAAACAUUAAGUUUUGGAAUGCCGACGGCGAAUGCAUUAAAACAUUAUCUGGACAUACAAGCUUCAUUUAUGAUAUGGCAUUCGUAUAUGGCUUAGGCGAAAAUGUUUUUAUAACAUGUGGUGAAGAUUCAACAAUACGAAUGUGGAAUUUCGAUGGACAGCUAGGUGAAGAGAAAACACUACCGGCUAAUUCAGUGUGGACCGUCGCAUGCAUGAAAAAUGGUGAUAUUGUUACUGGCACUAGUGACAGUGUGGUGCGAGUUUUCACAAAAGAUCCAAGUCGAAUGGCCAAUGAAACGAUAUUGGAGACAUUCAAAGCAAAUGUUGAUGUUCGCAUUCGUGAUAUAAAAAAGACGAUAGGUGAUGUGCACGUUAAUACGCUACCCGGUGAAGAUGAAUUAAAGAAAAAAGGAAAAUAUGAGGGACAUACGAUAAUGAUUCGACAAGCAGACGGUAUAAUCAAGGCCCACAAGUGGGUUGAAGGUAAAUGGGAAGAUCAAGGUGAGGUCACCGGAGGACAAGGUGGCGCCACCAUAUCGAGGAGUGCAAUGUACGAAGGAAAAGAAUAUGAUUUUGUGUUUUCGGUUGAUAUUGCUGAAGGUAUGCCAGCUUUGAAAUUACCGUACAAUCGAGGCGAAGAUCCAUGGAUGGCCGCACAGAAAUUCAUUCACAAAAACGAUCUACCGCAAGUAUAUUUGGAUCAAGUUGCAAACUUUGUUAUCCAAAAUUCCGGUAAUGCUCCAGUUGUUGAAAGUCUUGCAUCGACCAGUGCAUAUCAAGAUCCAUUCACAGGGGGUGGCCGUUACAUUCCAGGAUCUGGUAGCGGUUUUAAUACGAGCGCUGGAAAUGUUGAUCCAUUCACCGGCGCUUCAAGUUAUACAACACAAAGUGCAUCGGUUCCGGUGAAUUUUGUUCCACGAUCGACCGGACAAAAUUUGGAUCCAUUUACAGGUGCCAGCAGUCAUACAACGACAUCAUCCACUGCUGUUAAGCAUUUUCCAUACAGUGAAUAUACUGCCCUUACUACUUGCGAUCCAACGAAAGUCUUGGCUAAACUAAAAGAAUUUAAUAAUAUGGUAGAUGAAACGUUGAAAGUAUCAGAUAAAGAAUUGGAAGAAGUUAUUAAACUUGCCCAAAAUGAUUUUUCAUCUUCUGAAUCGAUUGUCGUAAUGAAGAAGCUUCUUCUAUGGCCGAAUGAAAGACUGUUUCCCGUUUUGGAUAUUUUCCGUUUGGCUGUUUGCGAUGAAACUAGUUGUACCGAAUUGAUUACACCAGAUGUUUUGAAUAUUAUCAUUCAGAAUGUUGGCAUUCCACCAGCUAAUCAACUGAUGUCAAUUCGCGCACUAUCAAAUAUGUUAGGUCAUUCAUAUGGUCGUAGUCACAUUGACAGUUGUUUGGCCAAUGUCUUGGUUGCGGUGAGCACCACAAAAAAGGGAAGCGCAAAUCUACAAAUUGCCAUUGCAACAUUGUUGCUAAAUUUAACAAUCGUUCAGAUGGCUCACGCAGAUCAAACUCAAUGUCAACACAUUACCGAAACAAUCAUCGAUUUUUUGCUGUGGAAUGCAGAUGCUGAAGCAUUGUAUCGCACAUAUCGUGCAAUUGGCAAUCUUUUGAAUACGCCACAUGCCACAAUCAUAAGUGCAUUUAUCAUCAGUGCGGAUCAAAUUAUGGAUCAAAUGCGUAGCAAUAUGAGUGUGCAACAACAAUAUGGAUUCGAGAAAAUCAACGACAUCGCCAAAGCAGUUAUAAGCGCAAUGUAAACAUUUCGAAUCACAUUCUCUACUAAUACAAAACUCACGCAAAAAAAACAACACUAUUCAUUUAAAAAUCACAUUCAGAUGGAUAUAAUCGGUUUCGGUUGAUUCUGAUCAAAAUCUAACUUUAUACAGAAUCGCCACUAAUAUGAUAUUAUUCCAUCGAAAUUGCAUCAGUUUUUUUUGUGUAUAGCAUAUAACAUACAUUUCAUACCCAUUGUUGAUAUCACAUCAUGAUUAAAUCAUAAAAAAAGGAGGAAAAAAUGCAUUUUAAAAAAAUAAAAGACAAAAGUCGCCUAAACAUUAA